ACUUCAUUGGAGCGACACGUCAAUGCAAGGAGCUGCUGGAUUUAAACCCUGAUCUCUUUUAUGUUAUUGUUUUUUAACUUCUUUUCAGCGCCCCAAAGACUUCAGCCAUCAAAGGAUCGUUUGCAUGGAUGUGUGUGCGUUUUUUUUUUUUUUUUUAACUGCAAUUGGCAGCCAAGAAUGAUGACCAUUGCUUGGAGCUUAGUGCGGAUCACAUCCACCAGCAAAAAACAAGCAGGCUUUUAAUCCAGAAAGGAUUCCUCGCCUUUGUGCAAAGAGUCUGCUCGCCGUGUGCGAGGAGGACCGGCGGGAAUACAAGGAUCAAGUCAAGGGCACGUUCGCUACCUCGCUGCAACUCUUCCAAAGAUGCCGGCGAGGAUAGAAAGCUGAGCUCGGGAGUUUGGUGGAGCUUCAAGAAUUCCGAGGAAAGUUCAAACAAACACUCUUCCCCCCUUGUGUUUCUUGGUGUGAGGCUAGGAUAACCAUGUGGACGUUAGCGGCAGGCACACGCUGCCUCGCGUUUGCCGCCAUCCUAUUGGCCCUCUGCGUCCAAUCAGCAAUGACGGUGGAUGACGACGUCACGCCGCGAAUCUCUUUCCCAUACGAUGCCAAGGAGAGAUCGGCCAAGAGGUUCUCCGCCGAGGGCGUCUUCAAUUACACGUCGUUGUUGCUCAGCCAGGAGGAUGACAUGCUGUACGUGGGGGCCCGGGAGGCGCUGUUUGCCCUCAGCCUCUCCGACAUCAGCAGGACUAAGCUGCAGAAGAAUCUGACUUGGGCUACUCCGCUUGGAAAGAGAGAAGAAUGCAGCUUCAAAGGGAAGAACCUCGAGACCGAUUGCUUCAAUUACAUCAAGAUUCUGCUGCGUCUCAACAGCACGCACCUGUACGUGUGCGGCACCUACGCCUUCAGCCCCAUCUGCGGCUACAUUAACACGUCCACGUUCACUCUGGCGAAGGACGACGCCGGCGAGGUGGUGAUGGAGGACGGGCGCAGCCGCUGCCCUUUUAAUCCAGAGUACAAAUCCACUGCCAUCAUUGUUGAUGGUGAGUUGUACACUGGCACAGUCAGCAAUUUCCAAGGGAACGAGCCUGUCAUCUAUAAGAGUUUGGGCCAAGGAACAGCGCUAAAGACGGAAAACUCUUUAAAAUGGCUGCAAGAUCCCGUCUUUGUGGGCUCGGCUUAUAUCGAGGAGAGUCAGCCGCUAGGGAACCCCGUCGGCGAUGACGACAAGAUUUACUUCUUUUUCAGCGAGGCGGGGAAGGAAUUUGACUUCUUUGACAACACCAUUGUGUCAAGGAUUGCUCGCGUGUGCAAGGGAGACAGAGGUGGUGAGCGUGUACUGCAGAAGAAGUGGACCACCUUCCUGAAGGCCCAGCUCCUGUGUUCUCUGCCCGACGACGGCGUCCCUUUCAACAUCAUCCAGGACAUGUUUGUCCUGAAGCCCAUGGGAGACAGCUGGGAGAGCACCGUCUUCUACGGGGUCUUCACAUCACAGUGGUACAAAGGUGCGUCUGGCAGCUCUGCAGUUUGUGCCUUCACCAUGGCCCAGGUGGAACGGGCCUUCAGCGGGCGCUACAGAGAGGUCAACAGGGAGACCCAGCAGUGGUACACCUACAACCACCCGGCACCAGAACCGCGACCCGGAGCGUGUGUCACCAACCACCCCAGGCAAAUGGGAAUCCAGUCGUCCUUGCACAUGCCCGACAAGGUGCUCAACUUUGUCAAGGACCAUUUCCUGAUGGACAGUGUGAUCCGCAGCGUCCCCUUGCUGCUGAAACGCAGCGUGCGCUACACACAAAUUGCCGUUCACAAGAUUCAGGGCAUGGAGAAUCCCUACGAUGUGCUCUUCAUCGGAACAGAUGACGGAAAACUACACAAGGCCGUCAACGCUAAGAAGAAGAUCCACAUUAUCGAGGAGAUGGUUCUGUUUGCUGACCCGCAACCCGUGCAGCACAUCGAACUGGACCCUCAGAGGGGUCUUCUGUUUGUUUCGUCCUACUCGGGCCUGGUGGAAGUCCCUGUGGCCAACUGCUCCAACUACCUAAGCUGCGGAGAGUGUGUCCUGUCCAGGGACCCUUACUGCGCCUGGACUGGACGGCUUUGUCGGGACGUCAGGAUGGCACCGCCUAACAGCCACUGGCAGCAAGAUGUGGAGGAGGCUGACACUUCGGCCAUUUGUAACGGGACGCACUCCGGCCCGAGAUCUGCCCGACCAGCAGCUACCCGUUGGUCCCGUUGCCAGCUGAUUACAAUCCCCGCCAACACAUUCCGGGUCUUGCCGUGCAAGCUGCGCUCCAACCUGGCAAAGAGGAAGUGGCGCUACAGCACCGGCGCUAGCCAGUCCCUGUACGCCACGGUGGAGGGCAACCUAGUGGUGGUGGCGCAGGCCGACAAAACGGAGACCUACGAGUGCUGGUCGGAGGAGCAGAGCUUCCGCCAGCUGCUGGCCAACUACUGCGUGAGAGCGGAACCCCGGCAGGAGGGCUACACCACGGCGCCAGGCCACUCGCGCACGCCGCACGUGAAGCUAGAGGAGGUCAUGAUCCUUCCCGGCGAGUCUCGCUCGGAGCAGAUCCACACCAAGACCUACUGGAACGAGCUCAUUGUGGUGUGCGCUUUGCUGGCGUUCUCCCUCGUGGUCUUCUCCCUGUUUGUCAUCUACCGCAACCGCGACCACAUGAAGUCCAUGCUCAAGCAGGGCGAGUGCGCCAGCAUGCAGCAGAAGAAGCCCAGGAUAGUCGGCAAGCCCGCAGAGAGCCUGCCGCUCAACGGCAACACCAUCCCCGUGUCCACGUCGGACCACAAGGGCUACCAGACGCUCAACGACAACUACAUCUGCAGCACGCCCACCCGGGAGUCCUCGCCGGAGAGCAAGAGCUUCUCCGACGCUUCCGACGGGCGACCGCUCAAUGUCAAGGAGAGCCACGUGGAGUACUCGCCCACAUUACCACGUCCCAGAGUGCGACUCGGCUCGGAGAUAAAAGACUCCAUCGUGUGAGAGCGGACCACGGCAGCUUUUUAUUUUGCUCAGUCGUUUCCUUUGCUUUCAAGCUGCGUGCGGGACGGGAAAAGCAGCUCCGACAGGGUUGAGGACUCGGCAGCUGCUUUCCAAUAGUUUUAGUCAAUUUCUUCACAGCCACUAAUUGCAUACACAAUGCCUGCAGAGUGGCAAUGCAAGACAGAAGACGCUCGCUCAGUAUUUAUGUCUUCAAGUCCUUAGACGUCCCCCGGCUGCACAAUAAUCACCAAGUUCAGGUUCAAGGAGGACCAAAAAAAAAAAGCCCUCUGACUAAGACUGUGUGACAAUGAUGAAUCGAUGAAGGACAAUGAGACUGCAUGACAUUGUAACAGAUCUAAGGAGCGGCGAAAAGGGCACCAAACGCCUCGUACUGCCUGAAUGUAUGGCUGGAAAAGACAAAAAAAAAAAAAAAAGUCUGGUCUGUUCACACUAUGGACCCUCGGACGGCGCACGCCUAUACCGAAUCGUGCAGGUACUACAAGCAUUAAGCGGGGUACAUGCAUACCGAUGACUUUUUUUUUUCCCCCCUUGAUCAAAGCCAAGAAAGGCCAGAUUUUGGGAUGCCACAAAAAGAUUAUCCUGAGCAACUAGCCUGUGGUGUCUUUUUGUAAAAAGAAAUCAAAAAACAUAAAUCUUUAACCUGAUCAAUAUAUACAAUUUGACACGAUUGUUUAUUUUGUGGUCAACACUGAGGCGGGCUAGCCGAACUUUGGAGUAGAUUGCCUGGGAGUGAUUCCGAACACAGCCUCAAUCGUCUUUGAAUUUCUUCUUUGUGUUUUUUUCUGGCUAGCUGGAUGCACCACGCUGCCUCUCACAGGUCAGUCUUGGAACUGCAACAGAUGUGUUGAUUAGCACGCCAGCGGUCAAACACACUUUGGAAUUUCCUCGUCGCGCGUAAAAGUCGGUAUGUGUAUACCCCGCUUUACUUAACUGAAAGCCAAGGAGUGAAAAAUAAAAAUCUUCAGGGUCACACCGAACCAUCCCAUGCUCUGUGCCAAAAAAAACAAAACUUAACAAACAAAAACAAUUAAUCGAAAUGCAAUAGUGCCAUUGUGUUGUGAUGACCACUUUCUUUGUUUUUAGGAUCGCAAAGAGCACACAGAGGCCUUCGCGAAAGGCACUAAAGUAUCAUUCUGUGUUUGGUGGCGCUUUUACACAGUUGAUCACAGACCAUUUAAGAAAUCUACACUGCUCACUCCUAACUGUCUGUUUCUCUUACUACAAUAUAAUCAACUGUGCAGACCACAAAAAAAAAAAAUUCAAAACUAAAAUUGAGUCUUUGUUAGCUAGCAGGUAGAGCAAUGUAAAACAACAGAGUUGCUAUUUCCUGGUCACGUCGCACGUUGUUCUCAGUCACUUGUUGCUAGGCGGGACUCAGGGGCAAAAACAUGCCCAAUGGAAAAUUCCUGUUACUGACGCCUCUAUGUGUCCUUUACUCAUCACCAUUGAGUAUUUAGUUUAGGUUAGUAAUUCAUUUACAAUCUAUUCCAUUUAAAGUAGACUUAUUCUUUUCCAUAUUUGGGAUUUUUUUUUUUUUAAUUAGCUAUACUGUGGAAAGUCUAUUGCCACAGUUCAACCACUACUCAGUAUUGAAUAUAAACUAUAUCAUCUGCUGAAUUUAGGACAGCGCGGUGAAAAGCACGUGUCUCCAAAUAAGGCAUUUGUUGUGUGUUUGUUUCAAUCUAAUUUUUUUUUUUUUUUAUGUUUUGGUUUGUGUUCACUCGGGAUUUUGUCAGGAUUUGUCCGCCCAAUGCACAUAGCAGAAAACUUGAAGACAAGAAAAUCAUUUGAAAAACAUAACAAUAAGGAUUAUUACAUUUAUUGAUCCACAGUUUAAUUGAUACUAUCGAGUUUAAAAUGUGGCACCUGCUGGAAUUACUUGUGCAAAAUGGCCAUUUAGUGGGAAACAUAAAAUCGAAAGUAACGAUAUUUUUUUAUUUUCUCAUGCCAACGUCGUGUUGAGCUGUUGCGCAGCUGUAGCUCAACUUUCCCAUAGUUGACGUGACGUUCUCCAAAUUUCAAAACCUCCCUUCUCGAUAAACAGACCAAUUAUUUUUUGCCAAACUUUGAAGAAUGUAAUCGUUUGAGAGGUCAGUGCAGAGAUAAUCUCAAUACCAGCUCCCGGGUUUCAUCAUCACUCGAGUCCAUGUGAAAGCACAAACCAGGUUCUUUGCACAGCAUGUCCAUUUCCACAUUAAAAAUGCAACUACUGAGAAAACAGCAAGAAAACAGGGACCAUUCUAAACAUUCUUUGUAUACUCUUGAGACUUAAAUGACUUUUCCCAAAGAUGGAGGAAGCUUGUCCAUAACAAUAUUACCAACGCAGAGCAAUAGGGCACCGCGUCACUGAACCACAAACUAGCAGCAUCUAUUUCAGCAGAAAACCUUUUAAGAACAAGAAUGACCGACAUCUGGAUCCGCCCCCCCUCCCCCCCCCCACACACACACACAUCCAGUUGACAAAGUAAUUGCACAGCAUAGAGCGCACAAAGUGGUCUGUGUUUAUUUUUUUUGCUUUGAUUCUAUCAACUGUCUGUGCUUAAUAUUGUGUGCGUGUGUGAAUUUUUAAGGGACCUUGUGUAAGACGUGUUGUAGAACUAGAACUGAAUUGUUUGCUACCCACAAUAUUUGCUGCCGCAAUAGUCUACUGCUGAUGAGUGCACACGCGUUUUGUGGAUCAAGCAUAUUCAAGCAGGAAUGGUAUCUAGUUAUAAUAAUGUGUGGUUAGCAAAAUGGGUGGGAGGUGGUGCCUCAAUACCUUAAAAGGUGACACUACACUUUAAAAUGUGCCAAAAAUGUGUAAAAGGAAAUUUAACAUGCUGCUAAAUCGAUUUGGAUUAUUUCAAGAGUGAGCCUUGCACAAACACAAUGUAAGCAAACUGCUAAAAUGGAUUAAAUCUGAAAAUUGACACUUUUAACCGGAAUGGUUAAAACUCUACAAUCACACUGAUAUGGAAACUUUGACGUGACAGCUUUCGAAAAUAUAUUUUCAAGCUUAAUUUCCGUGAGUUGGCCUUCAACCUAAAUUUGGUCACCUAUAGAGCAAGCCAAGCCAAGCUAGCUGGGUUUGCAAUUUUGUCACACUAGGAACUCAUGAAAUUGUAUUAAUUAAAGACCCUGGGAACUAGACUACAUGAUCAAAAAAAGGAGAUCCUGCUUUUAUAUGCUUGACAGCCUCAUAAAAGUAUAAAAUGCCUUCUUUUUUUUUUCCUUCGGCCGUGUGCCGUGUCGUACUGCCCAGCAUUUACAAUUCACAGUAUACACGGGUCACGUUAGCAUUGUUCACCGUAACUGCUAACCAUAACACUAGGAGCUGCUCAAAAUGUUGUUGUUUUUUUGUUUCAUUUUUAUGCACACACAUGCCUUUCUGAAGACACAAACUGACGUACGGUUACCAUUUGGCCUUAAUUGUCAUGCAUAUUUAUUUUAUUCAUGACGAGCUUUUUGUUUCAGAGCAAUUCAAGCUUAAUUUUGAGUGGCUCCUCGGUGAUGCAACGAAUACUGUACUGGACAUGAAUGUAAUGGCCACCUCAUUGUCUUUUUUUGUAGGAUUUCUUUUUUGUUUUGUUCAAACAGUCCCGUGAUAUAAAGACCAGCACAAUCCAACUAACAUUUGAUAUAUAUUGGUGUCAUUCACUGAGUUGACUGAAAAGCAAAGUAGAAAAAUGUGGUCUUGCCUGCAUGAUUCCCUUCUAUUUUUUUUUUUAUUAUUAUUGUUAUUAUAAUUAUUUGUCGUGUAUAUACUUGUGAACUGUAUUUUUUUUUGUUAUGGAAAUGAAUUGUGACUGUUGUUUUUGUUAUAAUGUACAUAAAAAGCACUUUAUUUUAAAAUAUUUCAGAUAAAUGAAUAAAAUCAAUGUUUUUAACAGAA